GUGUCAAAUUAUAUAAUUUUAUUGAUCACAUCAUAACAAACAAAAAGCUGGAAUAUAAACUCGAAUUUAUUUACGUUUAAAUAAAAAACAAACUUUUUAAAAAGAAUCAAAUUUAUAAAUUUUUAACAUAUUUUAGUUUAAGAAACUAGGUAUGUUUUGGUCAAAUCAUGUCUUAUACAGAAUUGGAACAUGGAUAUCAAGGGUUGCGGAAAGCAACUAGACCUGCACAUGCACAUUUUUUUGUGGGGGCAGGUGACCUAGAACUAUGCGAUUCAAGCGAUGUAAGUUUAAGUCCCCAAGACAUGGAUGACGAUGGGGGCAAGGUGGUGAUUGUGGGGGUGUGUGCCAUGGAGAAGAAAACUCAGAGUAAACCGAUGAAGGAGAUUCUUACACGUUUACAAGAGUUUGAAUACAUCAAGGUGAUAGUAUUUGAAGAGGAAGUUAUUUUACAGAAACCAGUUGAAGAGUGGCCUAUAUGUGAUUGUUUAAUUUCAUUCCAUUCCAAAGGAUUCCCCUUAGAUAAGGCAAUACAAUAUGCUCAAUUACAUAAUCCGUACGUUAUCAACAAUUUACACAUGCAAUACGAUAUACAAGACAGAAGAAAGGUGUAUGCAACGCUGGACGUAGAAGGAAUCGAAAUACCUCGUUAUGCUGUUUUAGACAGAGACAGCCCUGAUCCAAAAAAUCAUGAAUUAGUAGAAUCUGAAGAUCAUGUAGAAGUCAAUGGGAUUAUUUUUAAUAAGCCAUUCGUUGAAAAACCUGUUUCUGCAGAAGAUCACAAUAUCUACAUCUAUUAUCCUACAUCAGCUGGAGGCGGCAGUCAAAGGCUUUUCAGAAAGAUCGGUAGUCGUAGUAGUGUAUAUUCUCCAGAAUCUCGAGUACGAAAAACGGGCAGUUUUAUUUACGAAGAUUUUAUGCCUACCGAUGGAACAGAUGUAAAGGUAUAUACAGUUGGUCCAGACUACGCCCAUGCUGAAGCCCGUAAGUCUCCAGCUCUUGACGGCAAAGUGGAGAGAGAUCGGGACGGUAAAGAAAUUCGCUAUCCCGUUAUUCUCAGCAACGCAGAGAAGCUCAUAUCUCGAAAGGUUUGUCUUGCGUUUAAACAAGCCGUAUGCGGAUUCGACCUCCUAAGAGCGAACGGGAAAUCUUUCGUGUGCGACGUCAACGGUUUUAGUUUCGUUAAAAAUUCGAAUAAGUAUUACGAUGAUUGUGCUAGAAUUCUGGGAAAUAUGAUACUGAGAGAAUUAGCUCCGACUUUGCAUAUACCAUGGUCAGUGCCGUUCCAAUUGGACGAUCCUCCCAUAGUACCGACUACGUUUGGAAAGAUGAUGGAGUUGCGAUGCGUAGUGGCUGUGAUAAGACAUGGUGAUAGGACGCCGAAACAGAAAAUGAAGGUUGAAGUUCGUCAUCCUAAGUUUUUUGAAAUAUUCGAAAAGUAUGAUGGUUAUAAACAUGGACACGUGAAGUUAAAAAGACCGAAACAGCUUCAAGAAAUCCUGGAUAUAGCCAGAUCUUUAUUAACAGAAAUACAACUUCACGAGGCUGAUCCAGAAAUUGAAGAGAAACAGGGUAAAUUGGAGCAACUAAAGGCUGUGUUAGAAAUGUAUGGUCACUUCUCUGGUAUUAACAGAAAAGUUCAGAUGAAAUAUCAACCUAAAGGUAGACCCAGGGGAUCGAGUUCAGAUGAUGUGGAUAAACCAGCUGAACCUUCGCUGGUACUCAUCCUAAAAUGGGGUGGGGAACUAACACCAGCUGGUCGAAUUCAAGCUGAAGAACUCGGUAGAAUAUUUCGUUGCAUGUAUCCAGGAGGACAAGGUAGACAUCUGGCUGGUGAAUAUGCUGGAGCCCAAGGUUUAGGUCUUUUGAGACUGCAUUCUACGUUCCGACACGAUCUAAAGAUAUAUGCUUCUGACGAAGGUAGGGUUCAAAUGACGGCUGCGGCUUUUGCCAAAGGUCUGUUAGCUUUAGAGGGAGAGCUCACUCCAAUUUUAGUGCAAAUGGUUAAAAGUGCAAAUACGAAUGGACUUUUAGAUAACGACUGUGAUAGUAGCAAGUAUCAAAAUAUGUGCAAGACUAGGUUACACGAACUUAUGCAAAUAGAUCGAGACUUUACACAAGAAGACAAAGAAAAAAUUAAUCCGUGCAAUUCCACUAGUAUAGCAGAUGCUUUAGAAUUCGUAAAAAAUCCGGUAAAAUGUUGUAAACACGUCCACGAAUUGAUUAAAAAUUUAUUAGGAAUAGUGCAAAUUAAAAAAGAAGAUCCAAAAAGCAGAGAUGCUGUUUUGUAUCAUGGAGAAACUUGGGAAUUAAUGGGAAGAAGAUGGGGGAAAAUAGAAAAAGACUUUUUUACAAAAAACAAAACGUUUGAUAUUAGUAAAAUACCCGAUAUCUACGACUGCAUUAAGUACGAUCUACAACACAACCAACAUACUCUGCAGUUUGAUCAGGCCGAGGAAUUGUAUACGUAUGCUAAAUAUUUAGCUGAUAUUGUCAUACCCCAGGAAUAUGGCCUGACGUCCCAAGAGAAAUUGACCAUCGGACAGGGUAUCUGUACGCCGCUGCUGAAAAAGAUCAAGGCAGACCUGCAGAGGAACAUAGAGGAAACUGGAGAAGAGAACGUAAAUCGAUUGAAUCCGAGGUAUUCGCAUGGUGUUUCCAGUCCUGGAAGACACGUUAGAACACGACUGUAUUUUACCAGUGAAAGUCACAUUCACUCGUUGAUUACUGUCUUGCGACAUGGAGGGUUAGUCGAUGUUAAAAAAGACGAACAGUGGCGCAGAGCUAUGGAGUAUGUUUCGUGCGUCUCCGAAUUGAAUUAUAUGUCACAGAUUGUUAUAAUGCUCUACGAAGAUCCUACGAAAGAUCCUUGUAGCGAAGAAAGAUUCCACAUCGAGUUACAUUUUAGUCCUGGCGUCAAUUGUUGUGUACAGAAAAACCUUCCUCCAGGUCCUGGUUUCCGACCUCAUUCGAGAAACGAAUCUGCUGCCAGUAAGAAUGCUAGUUUAAAUACAUCCGAAACGGCAACUCCAGAAGAAGGAAAAAGUAGGUGUUCGCCCAGAAUUGACGAAGAAGUCGAAAUGUGUAUAGAAGAAGAAAAAUAUAUAAUUAAUUCUCCGAAGGAUUCCGAAUCUCCGACAGAUACUCAAAAGAUGUCACCGCCUUGUUCGCCGGAGAUAUAUUAUCGGGGAAAUAUGAAAAUUAGUAAUCCCAUUCCUAUAGGAAAUUCUCACACUGUAUCCGGUCAUGAAGCCAUGCAUCUUGCAAAAUGUCUCAACGAGGAAUUAGCUAAUCAAGCUGCUCAGCAGGGUAGUCGCAGUUACGGACUCAACCGAGCAACUAGCCCCGAGUUAGAUCAGCAGCGAUCCAGGAGCUACGAUCACAAGAGUCCUCAGAAGGGUAAAGCUCAGAAAUUACAUCAAAGUUUGGACGCUGUUAACAGCACAGACUGCAGCCUCAACGUCGUCAAACGCCAUCGACACAGCGUUGUCGGACAGAUGAGCUAUUACAAGAUGUUAGGGUUCGGUUGCGGAGGCCCCUUAGGUUUGAAGAAGCUCGUCAGCGGAAGUGCCAACUCCUUGUUUUCAACUGCAGUCAUUUCUGGUAGUUCCAGUGCGCCGAAUCUCAGGGAUAUGAUUACCAGCUCAUCAAAUGCAACAGCCAUCGAAGGUUUUGGUGGUGUACCUUCUAUAAGACCUUUAGAGACCCUACAUAAUGCACUAUCUUUAAAACAGUUAGAUGCUUUUUUGGAUAGAAUGACUACUGCUCCUAUCUUUAGAACUCCAUCGUCGACACCACCAAAAUAUCCGUCAACUCCUUUGCCAACGCCAACAAAUGGCAAUAUAUUAGCAUGCGGACUAUCAUUGGACAAGUCACGCCCUUUGAAAUUACAGUCUCCCAGCAACAGUGUGGGUUGGAGUGGACCUCCCAGUCUUAUGUCAAGCAGUGGGCCAUCUUCGCCCGGUUACUCUGAAAGCACAUCGAAAUGCAGCAGCAGCGAGAUGUCUUCUAGUAUUAUCAGCGCCGACGGUAUUACUGUGGAUAACUUCAACAAAAUGUUCCCGGCAGUGCCGGGAUUAGAUCAAGAUUUAGAAAAUGUUGGAAUGCUGUUGGACUCGUUUGAAAAGGAUGUUCCGCAAUCGAUCGAAUUCACCGAAUAUUAUGCCAAUAAUAACAAACCAAAAGGUUCAGAAAGUGGCGAUGUUACUCCAGUGUCUGGAUCAGAAGUUGAUUUCAACACCAACGAUCUUACCGUCGGUUCUGGUGCUGACUGCGAUAUUACAGUAACAGAAGAUAUAGAAAACUGUGAAACAGGAGGUGAUAAUAGCAACAGCACAUUAACUGACACAGUAAUUGUUUUAAAUAACAUAUUUAACCACCCCACUAGCCCCAAACCGAUGGAAUCUAGUCAUUUAUUCCACACUCAACCAACAAGCACAAAUCCUCUUUCUUCUUUAACAAAAAAUGUGGACAUAUUUACCAAUGUCUUCAAAUUAGAUAGCUCAAAACAGAUUAAGGAUGCAGAACAGACUGAAUCAUCAAGUAGUGUAAAUUCCAGUGAAUUAGAAAGGAAAAAUUUUAAAAUUGUAAAUAAGAAAUCAUCCGUAUUGGAUAGUAUGGUAACAAAUAUAUCUAUAGAUGUACCGAUCACAGGAUCUGAUAAAUGGUCAGCAUCAAAAGAGCAAUUUCUGGAAAAUAGAAGUGUUAAACGAGCUGUAAGUGUUGAUUGCGACAAAAUUAUGAAAUUAGAACAAGAGCAAGACCAGACGAAAAUAAAACCAGGAGCUGUAUUAGUAAAAGAAAAAUAUAUAGAACCGUUAACCCUUUCUAGAGUUUCUAGAAGCUUUCAUGGCAAAUCAUCAAUAAGUAAUAGCUUUUUAGAUAUUAAUAAUACUCACCGAAGAGCUAGCGAUAGUCCUAUCGGCAGUACAUCAACUACAUCAUUCAUGACUCAAGAUAUUAAACCAGAACCGAGUAUGGAUAAAGUAAAGUCCAUUGUAAAACAAAAAUCACUCAGUAACGCUGCAACACAAUACAGCACUAAAAAAUGCGCACCAGAAACAAGCAAGUCAGUGUCCGAACUAAGUCAUAUAGGGACCAAAUCACAGAGAUUUACCACCACACGAGUGGAUGAAGCUGAACACGCCGCUUCUGUAGCUACAAAAGAAGACCAAGAAGCAACUUUUAAUGUAGUUCAUGUGUCGGCAUCAGCAGAUACAAUUCGAUUGCCCUCAGACAAUACAACCAAGAAGAAAAAUAAAAGAAAAUAGACAAUAUAUAAUAAUUAUAAUAUAAAGUAU